AUGCCCGACCAAGCCAAAUAUAUCAACAAGCUCAAAGGGGUGCGAGUCUUGAUCAUUGGAGGAACAUCAGGGAUCGGAUUCGGCGUGGCCGAAGCAGCCAUUGAGCAUGGCGCGGGCAAAGUGAUUGUCUCUUCCUCACGGGAAGCGCGAGUCAAAGACGCCGUCGCAAGACUGAAGGCGUCCUAUCCCUCAUCGACCGCUUCGGUCGAGGGGUACGUAUGCGAUGUUGGAGACCUAGCCACAAUGGAGGAGAACAUCACAGACCUUUUCAAUAAGGUCGGCACACUUGACCACAUUGUCUACUCGGCCGGGGACAGCCCGCCUUUGAGGCCCUUCGCAUCGGUCGAUUUCGCCUUCAUCCAGCGAUCCGGCUACAUCCGCUUCUACGGGCCUUUGCUGGUGGCCCUCCACGGCCACAAGAACCUCGUGCAAGGCCCGCAGAGUUCCAUAAUCAUCACCACAGGCGCGACCAGCGAGAAGCCGUGGGCCGGGUCGGCGGUGGUAGGCUCGUGGCUAAGCGGGCUUCAGGGCAUGACGCGGGGACUGGCAUUGGAGCUGAAACCUCUACGGGUCAAUUUGAUCAGCCCGGGAGGCAUCGAUACGGCGCUUUGGGAUUACAGAGGUCCGGACGAGAGAAAGGCGGUCAUCGACGAGCUGACACGGGACACCACGGUCGGGGUGAUUGGAACUGUCGAGGACGUCGCCGAGGCGUACAUCUAUUGCAUGAAGGAUCAUUUCGUCACUGGUACCAUGAUCAGCUCAAACGGCGGGCGCUUUCUCGUGUAG